CAGCGGCCCGGAGCGGAGCGGCAGGUUCAGCACACAGGGGCUCUGGCGGCGGCAGGCCACCUGCAGCAGAAUGGAGCUGCGACCCUACCAGUGGGAGGUGAUCAUGCCUGCCCUGGAAGGCAAGAACAUCAUCAUCUGGCUGCCCACGGGCACGGGGAAGACCCGAGCAGCUGCUUACGUGACCAAGAGACACCUGGAGACUGUGCAGGGAGCCAAGGUGGUUGUACUGGUCAACAGGGUGCACUUGGUGACCCAGCACCGCGAGGAGUUCCGCCGCAUGCUGGGCAGCCGCUGGGCCAUCACUGCCCUGAGUGGGGACAUGGGGCUGCGAGCUGGCUUUGCCUACCUGGCCAGGGCACACGACCUGAUCAUCUGCACCGCCGAGCUGCUGCACAUGGCGCUGGGCAGCCCCCAGGAGGAGGAGCACGUGGAGCUCAGUGCCUUCUCCCUGCUCGUGGUGGACGAGUGUCACCACACACACAAGGACACUGUCUACAACGUCAUCCUGAGCCAGUACCUCGAGCAUAAACUCCAGAGGAGGAAGCCCCUGCCCCAGGUGCUGGGCCUCACCGCCUCGCCCGGCACGGGCGGGGCCUCCGUGCUCAGCGGGGCCAUCAACCACAUCCUGCAGCUCUGUGCCAACCUGGACACGUGGCGGAUCAUGUCCCCCAAGGACAGCCUUCCGCAGCUGCAGGAGUACAGCCACCAGCCCACCAAGCAGUAUGACCUCUGCCAGAAGCGCGGCCAGGACCCGUUCGGGGACAUGAUUAAGAACAUCAUGGACCAAGUCCAUGACCAGCUGGACAUGCCUGAGCUGAGUCGGACCUUCGGGACCCAGGCCUAUGAGGGGCAGGUGGUGGGACUGAGCCGAGCGGCGGCCGAGGCCGGCCACCAGGAGCGGCGUGUCUACGCACUUCACCUGCGGCGUUACAACGACGCGCUGCUCAUCCACGACACUGUGCGCUCCGCGGACGCCCUGGCGCUGCUCCAGGAUUUCUACGACCAGGAGCGUGCCACCAAGGCCCACAUCCUGCGUGCUGAGCGCUGGCUGCUGGCGCUGUUCGACGACCACAAGAACAAACUGACUCAACUGGCAGCUCAGGGUCCAGAGAACCCCAAACUGGAAAUGCUGGAACAGAUCCUGCAGGAGCAGUUCAGAUGCCCUGACAGUCACCGGGGCAUCAUUUUCACCCGGACACGCCAGAAUGCUUUCUCCUUGCUGCUCUGGCUCCAGCAACACCCCAAGCUGCGGAGCAUGGACAUCAGGGCCAAGCUGCUGAUCGGGGCUGGGAACACCAGCCAGAGCACCCACAUGACCCAGAAGGACCAGCAAGAGGUGAUCCGGGAAUUCCGGGAGGGCACCCUGAACCUUCUGGUGGCCACGAGUGUGGCAGAGGAGGGCCUGGACAUCCCCGGCUGCAGCGUGGUGGUGCGCUACGGGCUGCUGAGCAACGAAAUCUCCAUGGUCCAGGCCAGGGGCAGGGCACGGGCUGAUCAGAGCAUUUACUCCUUUGUGGCAAAUGAGGGCAGCCGGGAGCUGCAGCGGGAACAGACCAACGAGGCCCUGGAGAAGCUGAUGGAGCAGGCAGUGGCCGUGGUGCAGGACAUGGACCCAGCCAAAUACCAGGCCAAGAUCCGGGACCUGCAGCUGGCGGCCCUGGGGAAGCGGGCAGCCCAGGCUGCCGACCGAGAGCGGCGACAGCAGCAGUUCCCCGCGGAGUGCGUGCGGCUCCUCUGUGUCAACUGCAUGGAGGCCGUGGGCCACGGGAGCGACCUGCAGAAGGUGGAGCGCGCGCACCACGUCAACGUGAACCCCAACUUCUCGAUCUACUAUAACGUCUCCACGCAGCCCGUGAACAUUGGCAGAGACUUCAAGGACUGGCAUCCUGGGGGUGCAAUUAGCUGUAAGAACUGUGGGGAGGUCUGGGGUCUGCAGAUGAUCUACAAAUCAGUGAAACUUCCAGCACUCAAAGUCCGCAGCAUGCUUCUGGACACACCUCGAGGACGAAUCCAGGCCAGGCAGUGGUCCCGCGUGCCCUUCUCUGUGCCUGACUUCAACUAUGUGCAGUACUGUGCCCAGCAAGUCCCUGGCUUCUUGGACUGACCACGUUGCUGUUGCAGUACCUGGACCAGGCUGCAGGGGGCAGGAGAAUCCACCGCAGCCAUACUCUCCCCUGAGCCGAGCCUGGGUCCAGGCCCCUCCUGCCUGAGUCAUCAGCUGCCAGCAGAGUGCUGACCAGCCACCGGGAGGGAACUGAGACUCCUAGGCUGGGUGGACUUCCACACUGAGGAGGCAGCUGGAAGGCCACAGCUCAACCCAGACCCUUCUCACACUCAGAUACUUUGUGUGAGUGGCGGUGGGG